UACAACCUUUCUUACGGAGCUUUAGUUUCGUUAUGUUAUUAACAAUACUCUUCCCCCAACCCCUGUAAGGGGGAUGUUGUUUCCUUUAUCUUAAUAGUCCCCGCCCCUCAACUUCUCCUACGGAAUUUAUGGUUUUGGGUAGGGUGGAUGGCUCUUUCGAGAGCUAUGUUCAUGCCCUUCACUAUUUUGGUACUUUUAUCCGUUUUAUGUGGUCUAAUCUUUAGCUUUGUUCAAAACUUCAAAGUAAAAUAACUGGAAAGUUUUUGACUCUUUAGAGUCAAGAACCUCAUUUCCCGACUGGUGUUUCGUGUUCUGGGGCCGUGUAACUCGCGCCGUUCAACCGUAGCGCGCUAUAAAAGCAGAGCGCAUCCGCCGGGUCUGGAUGUUCCAUCACUCAGCGUAACGGGAACUGAAGUUGGUAGUGUUGUUCUUGACCUAAAUCAUCUUUGGUCAAAUCCUUUCCAAGCUUUUCUUCAAAAUGGACAUUGUCGAACACGAGUGCCAAGGCCCUGCUAUCAAAGCUCUCGGCUCUCUCUUCAAGCUCACCCAAGUCUAUCUCUGGGACGAUGGUUCAAUUGAGGCACCACAAGGGCUACUAUCCUUCCCCAGACGCUCUCAGAAAUCAGCUGAGGAUGAUAAUGAUGAUAACAGUUCAAAUAUGCUUUCUACAACCAGUGAUUAUAGCACUUUACCAGAAGAUAUGGAGCUCACCAAACAGAUGAAUGAGUUUGGGCUUCCUCUUUCCUUCCACACAAACAAGGAGAAGAGAAAUGGAAUGGGUAAAGGCAAAAGAAAGGGUACACGUGUGAAGCAUUCUAAUAGUCACCAAGAUAUUGAGGAUAAAGCGAUAGAAUUAUCUCAAGUGAGUGGGGGGGAGAUUGUAUCUCCUAUUAUUUUUCAUGAUAAUGCAAGCAGUUCUUUAUGUACUAUGACAAUGCUGGGCCAAAGUGAAUCAUCUAAUUAUGGUGUUGCAGUGGAUGUCAAAAUAUCCCAAUGCCCCUCAAAUGGAGUUGAUUUUGCAAGUUCAACUGGGAUCACUUGUGAUGCUGACAAGGAACAUGUUUUUGAUGGAAUUUCUGACAUUGGAUCCUGUGAUGGCCGGGGUUGUGACUCUUUAAGCAGUUCUACUCUAUUCGAGGAUGACAUGAAAAAUUCAGCUAAUUUGACUAACUCGAAUGCUGGACCUUCUACACAAAGAUGUUUGAUAGAUGCUAGUUUUGACCACAGUAAGAAAGAAUGUAAUGAGAUAUUACUGGAAUAUGAAUGUUUAGAAGGUUUAUCAGCUUCUUGCUAUGACACAGGAAAUGAGAAUAAUUCAAAUAAUAAGAGCACUGAGCAGCAAUGUGCUUCUGAUUCAGUUGCAUGUACCGUUUGUUCAAAAUUGCUUCAGCAUAAUGGGACCAACAGAUGUAAAUGUAAUGAUGAUCUUGGGGAUUGGAUGGUCUAUUGGGACUCUUUCUAUGAGAGAAACUAUUUUUAUAAUAUCAAAACACAUGCUUCUACAUGGUACCCACCCCCAGGGAUGGAACAUCUAGCAUAUGGUGAUGUCAAUAAUGAGCUGAAUGAAUUGAUUGCUGUGGAAACUGAAAUGGAUGUUACGUUUGGUGAAGAGGUAACAGAUGUGUGUAAUUUGCAAACUAAAACUCACUCAUUUGAGGAAUCCAUGAAUAAUGAUAAAUUAGGGGCUCAAAUACCUGAUGAGCUCUCAGUUGGGAUUGGACUUGGUGCAGACAACUCUUUGUCUGGUGUUGCUGUAACUACUGCGAGCAGAAGUUUUGAGCAUACAGACGCACUUUAUGAGAUUACUAGUUGCAAUAAUGAAAGUACAUUAUCCUUUUUACCAAACACCCCAGAGCAUAUUGACAGUUCAGGAAUUAAAAUCAAGCAGCCAGAUAAUUGUGAGGUCUGCACUGGUGAUUUGCGACUGACAUAUGCCGAUAGACCUGAUGAACUAGAUUGUGUUGAUAUACUUGAUAAACCUAAUAAGAUCAUCACUUGUGAUGUAAACCAAGACGACGAAGCCUUUCAACUCUUAGAGAUUAGCAGCUUGACCAAUACACUUGCUGAAGCAGUUUAUGAGUGUGGUCAUAUGCCUUUGGGAAGUGUGGUUACCGUAACUGAUAAGAUUGACAAGGUAGAUACCCAUGAUGACCCUUCCAUGAGAAAACAAAAAAAGAAAGUGAGAAAAGCACGGAGACAAAGAAAAUUGUCCAAUGACAUUGAAGAGCUUCGAUCUCAAGGAGUUAUCGGAGAAUAUUCUUCUGAUAUUGGCAAAUACUGGUGUCAGAGAUACUUACUCUUCUCCAGAUUUGAUAAAGGUGUAAAAAUGGAUGAAGAAGGAUGGUUUUCUAUCACUCCAGAGUCUAUAGCUAGGCACCAUGCAUCUCGAUGUGGCGGUGGCAUCAUAGUUGACUGUUUUACUGGAGUUGGUGGGAAUGCUAUCCAAUUUGCUCAAAGGAGCAAGCAUGUCACUGCAAUUGAUAUUGAUGAAAAGAAGAUUGACUAUGCGCAUCAUAAUGCUACCAUCUAUGGAGUUCAUGACCACAUAGAUUUCAUAAAGGGUGACUUCUUCAAUUUGGCACCAAAGUUGAAGGCAGACACGGUUUUCCUAUCACCUCCUUGGGGGGGACCUGAUUAUGCCAAAGUGCAGACUUAUGACAUCAAGACAAUGCUAAAGCCACGUGAUGGGUAUUUUCUGUUUAACACUGCAAAGAAAAUUGCUUCCAGACUUGUUAUGUUUCUGCCACGAAAUGUUGAUUUCAACCAAUUGGCAGAGUUGUGUUUAUCUUCUCAUCCUCCUUGGGCACUAGAGGUUGAGAAGAACUAUUUAAAUGGCAAGUUGAAGGCAAUAACUGCUUACUUCAAUGCCAAAACAGUGGACAAUAAAUCAGCCUGAUUGACUGGUGUUGGGUGUAGAUAGUAGCUGAACUCCAUAUUAUGUAGACAUUCAGCUGCUGUUGAGGUGGCUAUCUUGCAGCACGGCCGAGUGAUUUACAGUUUUGUAAGUUAUACUUGGGAUAUUUUCGGUUGGUACGGGAAGACUACAAUGCCCUGUAGAUGAAGAUUAGAGGUAAUAACAGUAAAGGAGAGACGUUUACGGCUGGAGAAUGUUGAAGGGAGUUAGUGUCCUUAUUGGGUAGAAAGUGGAUCAUGUUGUCAGUGGUUAGUUCAACAACCUGUGGAAGUGGGGAGGUGGCUUUUCUUCUAUCUUUGUCUUUCAACUCAGUAAAGCGUCAUUGGAAAAAUAUAGUUGAGAUUGGUAGCGCAGCCACCCAAUGAAGCAGGAGUUGGCUUUUUUAUUUUAUUAUUUGUUUUGUUUUGGGUUAUUCUUGUUCAAAAGAUGGGUUAACUUUAUAGUAAGUUGGAAGGUUUGUCUAUAGAGUUUACCUGCCGGCCUAAUGCCAUCUAAUAUUAAUGAAGGUGAUUGGAUGGAGUUGUUUUUGAACACCCACGCCCUUACGACUCAGAACAAGACGAAGCAUUUCAUAGUUUAGAUUAGAUUUUACAGCA